CCCUGAACAAAGGCUGGGUGGGAGCGGCCUGUGGCUCCCCACCCCGCCUCCCCCGGCGCCUGCCGAGCCGCGACGACAGACAGCGAGGCGGAGCCAGCAUGGCGGGGGCCCUGCUGCCCCUGCUCCUGCGGCUGGGGACCCUGGCGCUGGCCGUGGGCACAGGAGGUGGGGCCAUCCCCAGGGAGCCCCCCGGGCCAACUGACACCCAUACCCACCAGCAGCAGGUGCCUGCCCAUGCCUCAGCCCCUGCUGGCAGCCCCCAGGAGCAGGGGCAGCCCCUGCGAGAGUGGCUUGGGCGGCUGGAGGCUGCGGUGAUGGAGCUCAAACAGCAGAAUGAGGACCUGAAGGCGAGGGUGCAGCGGCUGGAGGCCUGCGAGUGCCGCUCCGCCUCCCCUCAGUGCUGGGGGCUGGGGCGCGCCUGGCCUGAGGGUGCCCGCUGGGAGCCUGACGCCUGCACGGCCUGCACCUGCCAGGACGGGGCUGCGCGCUGUGGCCCCCAGACCCACCUGCCCCACUGCCAGGGCUGCAGCCACAGUGGUCAGACCUAUGGCAAUGGGGAGACCUUCUCCCUAGACGCCUGCACCACCUGCCGCUGCCUGCAGGGAGCCAUAGCCUGCACCCAGAAGCCAUGCCCAAAAGGACCCUGCCCUGAGCCAGGAGCAUGCUGCCCACACUGCGAACCAGGCUGUGAGUAUGAGGGGCAGCUUUAUGAGGAAGGGGCCAACUUCCUGUCCAGCUCCAACCCUUGUCUCCAAUGCUCCUGCCUGAGGAGCCUGGUUCACUGCGUGCCCAUCAAGUGCCCACCCAGCCCCUGCCCUGAGCCAGUCCUGAGGCCUGGGCACUGCUGCCCAACCUGCCAAGGCUGCACAGAAGGUGGCUCUCACUGGGAGCAUGGCCAAGAGUGGACCGCACCGGGGGACCCCUGCCAGAUCUGCCGGUGCCUGGAGGGCCACAUCCAGUGCCGCCAGCGGGAAUGCACCAGCCUGUGCCCGUACCCUGCCCGGCCCCUCCCGGGCACCUGCUGCCCCGUGUGUGACGGCUGCUUCCUAAACGGGCGGGAGCACCGCAGCGGGGAGCCCGUGGGCUCUGGGGACCGCUGCUCCCACUGCCGCUGUGCUAAUGGGAGUGUCCAGUGUGAGCCUCUGCCCUGCCCACCCGUGCCCUGCAGACACCCAGGCAGGAUCCCUGGGCAGUGCUGCCCAGUCUGCGACGGCUGUGAGUACCAGGGACACCAGUAUCAGAGCCAGGAGACCUUCAGACUCCAAGAGAGUGGCCGCUGCGUCCGCUGCUCCUGCCAGGCCGGCGAGGUCUCCUGUGAGGAGCAGGAGUGCCCGGUCGCCCCCUGUGCCCCGCCUGCCUCUGGCCCCCAGCUCUGCCCAGCCUGCGUGCUGGACGGAGAGGAGUUUGCUGAGGGCGUCCAGUGGGAGCCUGAUGAUCAGCCCUGCACCGCCUGCUCCUGUCAAGAUGGAGAGCCCGUGUGUGGAGCUGUGCUCUGCCCGCCAGCCCCCUGCCAGCACCCCACCCAGCCCCCUGGUGCCUGCUGCCCCAGCUGUGAGAGCUGCACCUACCAUGGCCAAGUGUAUGCCAAUGGGCAGAACUUCACGGACGCAGACAGCCCUUGCCACACCUGCCGCUGCGAGGAUGGGACUGUGAGGUGCUCCUUGGUUGACUGCCCUCCUACGACCUGUGCCAGGCCUCAGAGUGGACCCGGCCAGUGUUGCCCCAGGUGCCCAGACUGCAUCCUGGAGAAGCAGGUGUUUGUGGAUGGCGAGAGGUUCUCUCACCCCGGAGACCCCUGCCAGGAGUGCCAGUGCCAGGAAGGCCAUGCCCACUGCCAGCCUCGCGCCUGCCCCAGACCCCCCUGUGCCCACCCGCUGCCUGGGACCUGCUGCCAGAAUGACUGCAGUGGCUGUGCCUUCGGCGGGAAAGAGUACCCCAACGGAGUUGACUUCCCCCACCCCACUGACCCCUGCCGUCUGUGUCGCUGUCUGAGCGGCAACGUGCAGUGCCCGGCCCGUCGCUGCCCGCCGCUGCCCUGUCCCGAGCCGGUCCUGCUGCCGGGAGAGUGCUGCCCGCAGUGCCCGGCCGCCCCUGCGGCCAGCUGCCGGCGGCCGGGUGGCUCGAUCCCCGCCCGCCACCAGGAGCACUUCUCCCCGCCCGGCGACCCCUGCCGCCGCUGCCUCUGCCUCGACGGCGCCGUGUCCUGCCAGCGGCUGCCCUGCCCGCCCGCGCCCUGCGCCCACCCGCGCCAGGGGCCCUGCUGCCCCUCCUGCGACGGCUGCCUGUACCAGGGGAAGGAGUUUGCCAGCGGGAAGCGCUUCCCGUCGCCGGCCGCCGCCUGCCACGUCUGCCUCUGCUGGGAGGGCAGCGUGAGCUGUGAGCGCAGGGCUUGUGCCCCAGCGCAGUGCCCCUUCCCCGCCAGGGGCGACUGCUGCCCAGCCUGUGACGGCUGUGAGUACCUAGGGGAGUCCUACCUGAGCAGCCAGGAGUUCCUGGAUCCCCGAGAACCCUGCAACCUGUGUACCUGCCUUGGAGGCUUUGUGACCUGCAGCCGCCGGCCCUGUGAGCCUCUGGGCUGCAGCCACCCCGUCACCCCAUCUGGGCACUGCUGCCCCACCUGCCAGGGAUGCCUGUACCACGGUGUCACCGCUGCCCCUGGAGAGACCCUCCCUGACCCGCUUGACCCUGCCUGCUCCCUCUGCACCUGCCAGGAAGGUUCCAUGCACUGCCAGAAGAAGCCAUGUCCCCCAGCUCUCUGCCCCCACCCCUCUCCAGGCCCCUGCUUCUGUCCUGUGUGCCACAGCUGCCUCUCUCAGGGCCGGGAGCACCAGGACGGGGAGGAGUUUGAGGGGCCUGCAGGCAGCUGUGAGCAGUGUCGCUGUCAGGCCGGCCAGGUCAGCUGUGUGCGGGUGCGGUGCCCACCCCUGCCCUGCCCGCUGCAGGUCACAGAGCAGGGGAGCUGCUGCCCUCGCUGCAGAGGCUGUCUGGCUCAUGGGGACGAGCACCCUGAAGGCAGUAGCUGGGUGCCCCCUGACAGCCCCUGCUCCUCCUGCGUAUGUCACCAGGGCGUUGUCACUUGUGCCCGAGUCCAGUGUGUCAGCUCCUGUGCCCAGCCCCAUCAGGGGCCUGGUGACUGCUGCCCUCGAUGCUCUGACUGCGAGCACAAGGGGCGGAAGUAUGAGCCUGGGGAGAGCUUCCAGCCUGGGGCAGAUCCCUGUGACGUGUGCAUCUGUGAGCCACAGCCUGAGGGGCCACCCAGCCUUCACUGUCACCGGCAUCAGUGUCCCAGCCUGGUGGGCUGCCCCCGCAGCCAGCUCCUGCCCGCUGGCCCCCAGCACUGCUGCCCCACCUGUGCCCAGGCUCUGAGAAACUGCUCAGAGGGCCUGCUGGGGACUGAGCUGGCCCCGCCAGACCCCUGCUACACGUGCCAGUGCCAGGACCUGACAUGGGUCUGCAUUCACCAGCCCUGUCCUGAGCUCAGCUGUCCCCUGCAGGAGCGCCACACAACCCCUGGGAGCUGCUGUCCCACGUGCCGGGAAUGCGUGGUAGAGGCCGAUGGCCGGAGAGUGGCAGAUGGCGAGAGCUGGCAGGACCCCAGCAACGCCUGCAUUGCUUGCAUCUGCCGUCGGGGCCACGUGGAGUGCCACCUGGAGGAGUGCCAGCCCCUCUCCUGCCCCCAGGGCUGGGCGAAGGUGCCCCAGGCUGGCAGCUGCUGUGAGCAAUGCCAAGCCCCCACCCAGUCGUGCGUGCACCAGGGCCGAGAGGUGGCCCCUGGGGAGCGCUGGGCGGUGGACGCCUGCACCAGCUGUUCCUGCGUGGCCGGCACCGUGCGCUGCCAAAGCCAGCGCUGCCGGCAGCUCUCGUGUGGCCCCGACGAGGCCCCUGCCCUGAGUCCCGGCAGCUGCUGCCCCCGCUGUCUGCCCCGGCCGGCUUCCUGCAUGGCCUUCGGAGACCCGCAUUACCGUACCUUCGACGGCCGCCUGGUGCACUUCCAGGGCAGCUGCAGCUACGUGCUGGCCAAGGACUGCCACGGCGGGGACUUCAGCGUACAUGUGACCAACGAUGACCGAGGCCGGAUCAGUGUGGCCUGGACCCAGGAGGUGGCGGUGCUGCUGGGAGACGUAGUGGUGCGGCUGUUGCAGGGCAGGGCGGUCACGGUGGAUGGGCGCCCAGUGGCCUUGCCCUUCCUGCAGGAGCCAGUGCUGUACGUGGAGCUGCGGGGACGCACCGUUAUCCUGCAUGCCCGGCCCGGCCUCCAGGUGCUGUGGGAUGGGCAGUCCCAGGUGGAGGUGAGCGUGCCCGGCUCCUACCGGGGCCAGACGUGUGGGCUCUGUGGGAACUUCAAUGGCUUUGCCCAGGAUGAUCUGCAGGGCCCCGAGGGGCUGCUCCUGCCCACGGAGGCUGCGUUUGGGAACAGCUGGCAGGUCCCAGAGGGGCCAGGGCCUAGCCGGCCCUGUUCCGUGGGCCAGGAGGUGGAUCCGUGCCGGGCAGCAGGUUACCGUGCCAGGCGUGAGGCCAAUGCCCGGUGUGGGGUGCUGAAGUCCUCCCCGUUCAGUCGCUGCCAUGCUGUGGUGCCACCAGAGCCCUUCUUUGCCGCCUGUGUGUAUGAUCUAUGUGCCUGUGGUCCCGGCUCCCCAGCUGACGCCUGCCUCUGUGAUGCCCUGGAAGCCUAUGCCAGUCACUGUCGCCAGGCAGGAGUGACGCCUGCCUGGCGGGGCCCCACGCUCUGUGUGGUGGGCUGUCCCCUGGACCGUGGCUUUGUGUUUGAUGAAUGUGGCCCGCCCUGUCCCCGCACCUGCUUCAACCUGCACGUCCCCCUGGGGGAGCUGGCUGCCCACUGCGUGAGGCCCUGUACUCCCGGCUGCCAGUGCCCCGCAGGCCUGGUGGAGCAUGAGGCCCACUGUGUCCCACCCGAGGCCUGCCCUCCAGUCCUGAUCACUGGGGACCAGCCACUCAGCGCUCUGCUCAGCCCCAGCUGGGAGCCACAAGGGAUGCCCUGAGCCAGGACGACACCUGCCCAGGACUCAUCAGGCCAGAAGUCUCCCCUUGGCGAGCAGCUCCCACCUGGUCAGGGCUAUGGAGAGAGUGUCCCACUGGGUGUCUGGGCCAUUCAAACACCCCAGCUGUAUCAAGCCACAAGCAGUAAACUCUGGGCCUGUGGAA